GAGAGCACACAAAGGAUGAAUUGGGCUGAAUGGGACCGUGUGUUCAUGCUGAAGCUGCUGAAGUCUGUGGCACGGAACUGGAGAAUCCGGGGCUGUAGCAGUGCUGGGGGUGCCCUGCAGCACAGGACACCCAGCAGAGCCCCGAACCGCCCCGAGAGAGAAGCGGCCGCGGUGCGGGCGGAGGGCGGGGAGCGGCAUCGGGCUGCGGGGCGGCGGAGAACGGCAGAGGGCGCGGUGGGUGAGGAGCGGGGGGAGCCGGGCGGAGGGGCGGGAGCCUCGGGAGCCCCAACCCGCUCCACUCCGAGCGGUGCGGACGGGGAAGAAGCGGCCGCACCGCUCUGCAGCAUGGAGGGGAACCGGACCCCUCCCCGGUACGGCUCGCUGGAAUCCACCCGGUGGCCGCCCGCCAGCACAGCGCCAGAGGAUGAGAUCAUUUCCAUGGCUGACUCCACCACCACCAUCGAUGACAUCGAAGGGGAACUCUUCAAAAUCGAGAGGAUCAGGGAGAUCCUGGUGAGGAGGGAGUCAGAGCUGCGUUACAUGAUGGAUGACAUUCAGCUCUGCAAAGAGAUCAGCCGGCUGAAAAAGGAGCUUCAAAAGCUCCUUGCCCUUCCUGAGACCGAGAAGUCCAAUGAGGAGAAGCAGAAGGAAGAGGAACUGGUGCAGCAGAUCCACAAGCUGGUAGAAACACGGGAUUUCCUGGUGGACGAUGUGGAGUUUGAGAGGCUCAGGGAGAGAGAAGAAGACAAGGAAAUGGCAGAAUUCCUGCAAAGUAAGCUCUCCAAAAGCUACCUCCAGAAAGCAACUCCUGUCAGAGAGAAGAAAAUGACUUCGAGGGGGCAGCAAACCUCUGCACCAUACAUGACCAAAACAGGCCUCACCCUGCUCAAGGAGUGCUGUGGCUUCACCUGCUCCAUCAUGUAGCCAGCUCCCCUGCAUGGGAUGUGACCAUGGUCUCCAGCCAGAGUCCACAACCUGCUCUCUUCUGAGAGUUCCAACCUCCCGUCAUUAUUCACGCUUCCUACUGCAGCACCACUACUGAUGAGGCUUUCCAUGCAGGCUGGUGCAAGCUUGAAUGAUGGCAUGUUUCCUUGGUGCCACAUCAAUGGCCAAACCUCCAUGACAUCAACAAGCACUGAAUUCUACCUUAGCUCAGCUUGGAAGAGACGUGUGCAGCAAGCAAGUCCAUGGCAGAGAUAUUCUUCACCUGGACAGGGUAACUAAAGAAGCAUUGGAGCUAAAAUUUGGGGAGCAUCCGCCAUCCAGUGUUGCUGGACACGUCAUUGCCACAGAUCUCAUCCUUGGCCUCGUACCACUUUGUGAGUCUCUGUGGGCUGAUUCCAAAAGACUCUUUGUGGGGGUGUCUCUGGUCCAGGUUUUGUUGUGUUUGCAUUAGUUUUAUGGCUCUGGUGGGGCUGUGGGAAGGGAAGGGAGGCAACCAAAUGAAGGGCUGAUCUCUGAGCAAUUCAAGAUGGCACAACUGGAGCUGCUAAUGCCUGUCAUGACAGCACAAGGGGUUUUGUUCAUAAGAUGUGAAGGGCUUUCACAUCCAUCCCUGCCUGCCCUGUAGGAUGGGAUGGCUCUGCUGGGUGGUAUGGGAUGAGGGUGGGGGACAUUUGGUGGCUUCCCAAGAGCUUUGUUGCCCUGUAGCCAAGCUGCUGAGGCCUUCAGCUCAGUGAUGCUGAGAUGGUGUUCCUACUUGGGUCCUGCAUGCCCAGGUCAGUGAGAUCACCACCAUCUGUCUCUUUUCCUUGCACCUGACAGCACAUUCAUCCUGAUAAAACACAACAAAGGUGGGACCCCGCUUUUGGUAUCCUCUUGAGGUCUCAGUGUGUGAAGCCUCCUUACACGUUGUGCUGUUGUUUGUGACCUCCUGCAUCGCACAGUACCUGCCUGCUCGUCCCCGUUUCCCUUUGCUUUGGGGACAUGGAACCCUGGAGGAAGCACUGUAGGUCUCAGAGUGCUUCCCUCUGCUCCGCCAGCCCUGUGGAGCAGCACGAGGUGCCUCCACACUGCAAUAAGGUGCUGUGCCUGUUGCUCAAGCAGACGGACCAUCAUCAAUAGCAUCCAGCCUGGAGCUGGUGGGGCAGAUGGGGCCUCUCUUACUCCCUGCUCUUCCAUUCCCUGCCCUGUGGCUGCUUGGCUUCAUCACUCUGCAGCCACACAUGUGGUGCAAAGUGGGCACUGGCUGUGGACAACAGACCAGCCCCUUAAGACCUAGAAACCCCCUCCCUGUGCUGGCCUUCCCCAGGCCUUCUUUGGAAGGGGAAAUAGGAGAGCCAAAUUGCUUGGGCUGACAGGGAGGCAAAGGCAAGGAAGAGCUCUUGAUUCACAGUUUGACCCCCAAAUUAAUCCCUGCUUCCACCCUGUGAGGCCCCACUGUUUGUAGGGCAGGGAGGAUGGCCAGGAAGGAGGUGCAGAGGAUCUUGACUCACUUUGCUAUGUGUUUAUGGUUGUGUUUGUCAUGGAGAAAGGCUGCUGUCCUGGCUGUAUGAUUCCAGUUGGCCUGUAUUGAUCUGAUGGCAAAGGUGUGCAGCACUCCUUCACGUGCAUUGAUUUCAACCCAAACUAAUAAAUGUCUGUUGGAAGCUU